AUGGUGCUAUACAAUAUAAAAGAGCUUAUGCUAUUAUGUGCUGAUUAUUCACUUGAUGCUCAAGUUCAAAAAACAUUGUUUGCUGCUGAUUUAUGGGUGGCAAAAGCAGCACGAGAUCAGCAAAUUCAACUUGUCGAACAUGUUUCACGAAAUUAUAACAAAAAUGGCUUUUUAAAUAAACCACGUUCACCUUCGCGUGUUGUUUCUAUUUCACAACGAAAUCUUGCAGCAAGAUCUGCAUCAGCUGAUUUUACACAAAUGUCGUCUUUUAACAAUAAUAGAUUUCAAUCAUUUUCUUCUAAAAAGAAGACAGAUGCUUCAAAAGUUCCUCUUACUUGUUCACCAUCAAAUCAACAAUCGACAAAUCUAGUUAGAAAAUUAAGUGGUAUUGAACUUGAUAUAUCGACAACGGGGGAACCGAAACUUAUGCCAAUAUUAGAAGGUAGUGAAGAGAAGACAAUACAAAAUGGUUCGACAAUCAAUGAAGUAAAAAUACAAGUCAAUAUCGAUUCGGUGGAGCCCAAAAAAUUAGAAAGUACAGAAAAUGUAUCCUCUACAAAUGUUUGUGGACUAAGAAUGCGUAUUCCAACAACGACGAUCGCUUGGACUCCAUUGGAAACUGAAUCAACACCUAUCUCGCAACAAGAUUCUUUGUAUGAACUUAGUGUACAGGUCGAUACUAUUCUUAAAACAUCUUUGCAAGAAAAUUCGAACGACAGUGCCAAGCUAACAACAACAAUCCCAAACAAAAAUGAGAGAACUAGUCGUAUCAUUAGAAAAUGUAUAAGUGCGUCCUUAAAUGCUCGACGACCAAUAACAAGAGUGAAAUCCGAUAUGAGUGAAACAAGGGGUAAGAAGAGUGGACAAGGACAUAUGUCGCGUGCAUCAUUCAGAUAUUUGUCGGACGAUCCUAAGACAAUAGCUGAAAUAGAAGAGCUCGAAUUGGAAUAUUUAUUUAAUUACAUUCGCUAUUUGAAAACCUUCGCUAAAUAUUCUGAAAUGACUGAAGAAGAAAUAAUGGCUCAAAUUGAAAGUGAUCCUCAUACAUUACGUAAUCGUACAAAAGAAAUUAUCAAAGGAAAAUUAUCCGAAUCAUAUGUCUUUUAUAUGGAACAAUAUCCAAUCAAAAAACAACGUCGACGCGAUAUGCCAACAACUCCAAAUAAAUAUAAAAAAUGUUCUCGUCGUGGCUUUGAUGGCAUAUUAAGAACUUGGCGAAGAAAUUUGCAUCAGUUUGAUAAACCAGCAGCAAUAAAUGAAAAUAAACAACCACCAGUAGAUGAUGCAGAAGAAACGACAAUAUCUCAGAUGAAUGGAACAAAUUGCGAAAAACCACUUGGAAUUUGUUUUCAAAAUCCCUGCGGAAAUCGUGGACUUUGUGUUGAAACUCAUCAGUCAUAUGAAUGUCGAUGUUAUUUUGACUAUGUUGGACAAAAUUGUGAAGAACGUCUAAAACAAGAUAGAGCAUUAUGGUCUUCUCUGAUACCGGUGCAUACAAAAGUGUUAUUCGAUAUGCUACAAAAAGCCUAUUAUACCAAUAAACUCCAAGCAAAAUCAUCAAAUGAAAUCGAUUUUGUCGGUUUGUUAACGACAGAUCAUACUCAAACGGCAAUAGAUAAUCUAUUGAACAAAAAUGAAAAUACACGUGAUAGAGCAACAAUAGAAUUCAAUAAUUUUUUCACAUCAUCAACAACUAGCACAACAACAUUUUCAAAUGAUCUUCCAUUUUAUCAUUCGACAGUGGAUGAAAACAGUCAAAAACAAAUAAAUAUUGAUUCAGAUAAAAAAUCAGUGACAACAUUUCUUCCAACGUCAAAAAGUUCUGAUACCAAUGUUCUCGUUAUUCCUGCUAGUGGUAUUCAAUUAGAAGCUAUUUUUCCUAAAAUGACUACAUACAGUCAACAAUCUUCAACAAUCAGUUCGAAAUCAUUAACAUCCGAAUCAUUAUCAAACGAUUCAAUCAAUAUAAACGUAACUGACUCUAAUUCUUCUACAAUAGUCAAUGAUUUAUCAUCAUCAUUUACGUUGACAACGACUGUUAGAUCAUUAGAGAAUACAAUAGGUUUGUCAAGAUAUAACAUUAAUCUUGGAGAGGAUAGUGGUAAAGAAUCAAUAAAUUCUUAUGAUAAUUUAACAAUGAUAACUGAAACAAAUAACAAAGACGAUAUGAAUGCCAUAACUAUUGAUGUUACAACGGCAACAUCUGGUCAAGAAAACAGCAUUUUCAAUUCUAGUAUAACAUUGUCACGUGAUCAAAUUUCAGACGAUAAUUUAUUUUCUUUCGUGGAUAAGUCAACAACAGUACAAAACGAGUUCACUUCAACAAUUAACACGCCUACUUCUACGAUCAAUCUGUUAAAUCCUAAUAUGUAUGCAACGCUAUUAUUUGAUUUUACAUCAUUAUUAACUGAUCGAAAAAGUAAGAAUUCGGCAGAUUCGCUAUGGUUUAAAUAUUUUAAUUCUAAAAAAGGUCGUCGAAAAUCGACAACAACGCCAGUUACACUAGAUAAUUAUUCGACUAAAUCUAAAAAUCAUACCAUUGAAUUAAUAUCAUCCACUAGUUCACCAAUCGAUAUAACUAUAAAUAAUUAUGACAAUAAUAAUUCAAUGUCUACUUCCAUGCCUUUUUCAUUCAAUGUUUCUUCAAUAACCACCCCACAAUUGCCAUUGAGUGAAUCUUAUCUUGAAAAUAAUACUGCUUUAAAUUUUACUGAUUAUUCAUGGUCUACAAAUAACACGAACGAUAUAAGCACAUCGGCAGUAUUAACAACUACGAUAGCAAAUUAUCCAUCGUAUUUUUACUCUCUAACGACUACAAUAAUCAAUUUACUGCAAACAAAUUUAGAACUAACUGGUGAUGAUAAACAUUCGAAACUAUUGGGCAACGAGACCAUAAAAAAUAUUUCAGAUGCUGUUCAAACAAAACUAUUAUAUAAAUUAUGCGAAGAAUUAUUAGCAAAACUUUUACCAAAUACAUCAAUGAAUAGUCAACAACAAUCUCAAAUUGAUAAUAAAACAGCGAAUGCUCUAUUAAAUUGGUUAAGUGAGCAUUUGACAAGUACAACUAAAACUACAUUAGUCACUAAUCAACAAACAACAGCGUUAUUAUCAUCUCCAUUACCAUCAGCUAAAUCAUUGCGACGUUUAAAAAUAACUGAAGUUUUAAGUAAUAUGGAUGAAUCACCAUUGGACACAGUGUUGACUUCUGAUGAAAAUAGGAGAUAA